AUGCCAGAAUCUGCACUAGAUGUCGGCCCGCCAGAAGAGGUUAGCAUACCAGCCGAGCCGACCUCAUCCAAUGUAGAGCCAGAGAGGUUCAAUGCUUCUACCCCACCAUCAUCUCCGUCUUCAAAUCCUGAGGAAAACAGUGAGGCUCCACAGGAGGAUCCAAGCGCGAUAGAUCGAGUGGAUACUUACCACCCAGGAGUACCGGGAAUUCCAUGUGCCUAUACAACUGCCUUGCAAGGUAUAUCAAGAUACACUAAGACCAUUCAUGAAAAUGGAUGUGCUUCGGUGAGCUGCCCCGAUAAUCGUGGGUUUGGACGGGCCGAGGCCAUUGCUCGUCAGGCUGAUGCAACAGUGUUGGUGGUGGGUCUUAGCCAAGCGAUCGAGCGUGAAUUCCUCGAUCGGAAUGGGCUUCUUUUGCCGGGUCACCAACAAGAGCUUGUGUCAAGGGUGGCUAGGGCCUCCAAAGGCCCAGUUGUAUUGGUCCUAAUGUCUGGUGGCCCAAUUGAUGUCACAUUUGCUAAAAAUAACCCGAAAAUUGGCGGUAUUAUAUGGGCCGGGUACCCAGGACAAGCCGGGGGUACUGCGAUUGCUGAUGUUAUAUUUGGGAUGACCAAUCCAGGAGGGAAAUUGCCUAUGACAUGGUACCCUCAAGCUUAUUUAGCAAAGGUGCCUAUGACGGAUAUGUCGAUGCGCGCUGACCCAGGAAGGGGCUAUCCGGGCCGGACCUAUCGGUUUUACAAAGGUCCAACUGUUUAUCCAUUUGGGUUUGGGCUAAGUUACACCAAUUUUAGACAAACAUUAGCCCAUGGCCCAACAAAAGUGUUAGUCCCUUAUACAAACUCAAACACGGUCAAGAACAACACUAUGAUCAUGAGCAAUGGAAUUAGAGUUUCAAGCACAAAUUGUGAUGCUCUAAGCUUAGGGUUUCAUGUCAACGUUGAAAAUGUCGGUGAUAUGGACGGGACACACACUAUGAUGCUUUUUGCGUCCUCCCCAUCCGCGGGAGGGUUUGGGGACGAGAAACGUUUGGUGGCAUUCGAGAAGGUUCAUGUGGUGGCCGGAGCUAAGGAAAGCAUAAAGAUUAAUCUUGAUCCGUGCAGUCAUUUGAGCGUCGUGGAUCGAUUUGGCAUCCGAAGGGUUCCAAUGGGUGAACAUAGUCUUCACUUUGGUGAAGAUCUUAAACAUACCAUUCUACUCCACAAUGAUGUGGAGGAAAUCAAGUAUUGAUAAAUUAAAGUCCAAAGGUUUGGUAUUGAUAAAAUUAAAUAUUGUGAAAGCAAUUGUCAACCAUUACAUUUCAAUACAAUAGUUUGCAAGUGUAAAAAAAUGUAUUGGGUAUUUAUUUCGAACGAAAUUAAUAAUAUUUUGUUUGGCUAUA